AUGAAAAAGCAAUAUAGUGAAAAUUUGUAGGACUAUUGUGUUUUCUUUAAGGAUAAAGAACUUCCAGCAAUGCAGAAGACAGAUAAAUUUAUGAAGGCUUUGAUUAUGGAUUCAAUCAAGGAUCAGGAUCAUCCACUCAAUCAAUUAAUUGAAAAAAAAUAAACCUUCGUGCCAUUUAUUAAUGAGAGAGAUAGUAUGGGAAGAUUGAUUUCGAGUGAAACUUAUCACAGGAAAAGAAAAAGCGAUGCUUCAAGUCUGUUCAAUUCUCCUAUGAAUAGCCAAGUUUUCUUAAGUAAGAACUCCAUAUCGAAUACUUGUAGUUUAUGUGAAAUUUAACAACCUGCUGCAAAAUUAAAACUAAAAAACCUUUUAGGAAACACUCAUGAAAAUACUGAAUUAUAUUAAUCCACUUUAUUGGCAACUCAAUGUGAAUUUAAAUAAUCAUUCUAGUUUAACUCAAAACGCAAUCAGCUUAAUUUUAGAACUCAUAAAAAAAAUAAUAGUUUAUAAAAUAAGUUACCACCAUUUAUUAAUUAGUAAAAGGCUAAAGAAUUUAAAUUGUUCAGAUAGCCAAAUACACCCUAAGCCACUAGAUUUUAUCGAAGCAACUUUGUCAUUGAGAUGUUCAAUUAAAACAAAAUUGCUGAAAACAAACUGGAAUACAUAUUCCUCAUCGAAAGAAUCUAAAAAUUAUAAACUGAGUUGAUAAAGAAUUUAUCAGCUAAUGAGAGGAGGAGAACAUUCGUGAAAUUGGAUGGAAAUAGAAGAAUCAAAUUAAGCUUAUUAUUGCUUUUAUCCAGACCACAUAUUCAAUAUCAGAUGCUAUAAUGA